UUUGGGAUAUUUGCGAGAGAAAAUACUGCACUAGGAAACUCUCCGCAGACGCCCUCGGCCGUCUCGAACAGUGCGCAAGCGCAGUGCCCCCCCCCGCCGAUCCGACGGCCGGCAGUGCGCUUGCGCGGCUGGGCGAGCUCGGUGGAAGCCGAGUGCUGCGGUUAGUGUUCCGAUGCUGUUUGAGUUUCGGCCUUGGCUCCGGGGACAAUCCGGUUCGGCUCAGCCUCUCUCGCACCACCGCCAUGGAGAUGCAGGAGCCGAAGGGCCAGGAUGAGAUGGCAAAUUUGGGCCUUUCCACUAGACAAGCUCUGAUGAUGCUACGUAAUCAGCUCACUGCAAUCCUAGAAGAUCACCAGAAGCAGCAGAGUAAAAAGAAUUCUUGGAAGGAAGUGUGGCUUAAGGGCUUCCUCAACCCAAACAACCGAACCUCCAGCUUCCACUGGCCAGGGGCAGCUCUCAUGGUGCUAGCAGCAGUCUUGCUGCUUUGUUGCUAUGGCAGCCAGCCAAUUGGAAGCCAGGGCAGUGCAGUACUGAAUGCAGGAGUUCUGUUCCUUCUGGUAUUCCUCAACCUGUAUGUGAUUGGAAGACAGGGGCGACUGAAAAAGGGAGAGGUCGUUGCCAGACUACAAGAAAUCAUCAAGAAGCUAAAUGAAACUCUUGUGGGUAAUGAGGAUUUGAAAUGGGAGAAUACAUCAUACCCAGACCUCUUUAUGCCUUCUGCUCCGUCCUGGUCACUCCACUGGGCCUAUAGAGAUGGGCGUCUAGUUAAUCUUCCUGUCUGUUUAUUAGUGGAAGGUGAUAUCAUUGCACUCAGACCAGGUCAAGAGUCCUUUGCUUCUUUGAGAGGUAUUAAGGAUGACAAGCACAUAGUACUGGAGCCUGGUGAUUUGUUUCCGCCAUUCUCUCCCCCACCAACACCCCGAGGAAAAGGAAAGAAAGGGCCCGAAGUUCCUCAACAGCAUAGGCUCUUCAGAGUAGUGAGGACCCCAGUUCUUGAAAAUGUUAGGCGGAGUUUGGAUCUGGCGUUCUCUCGACCGGUCACUGCACUCGAUAAUGAACGCUACACAGUGCAAUCAGCGAUGGAAAAAUACACUGUUCCUUGUGUUCUGGUUGCAUUUCUGAUUACAAAUACUGUACGGUUUGCUCUUGAUGCUCCUGGAAUAAGCAACUGGAAAUUUACCUUCUUCCAACUUCAGGUGAAUGGCGUUCUGCCAAUUCUUCCCUUGUUCUUCCCUGUGGUGUGGGUGUUGGUCACGGCCUAUGGAGAAGCUAGAGUUCUAGCACAGUUCAGCAAGGCUCCUCCUGUUGGCCUGCUGGCGAAAUUCUCCGAGGAUACACUCAGCAGUUACACAGAAGUGGUUUCUUCAAAGGAAAUGAUGCUCUGUAUUUGGAGUCACUUCUGGUCACUACUACGAGGAAAAUCUCUUACCCUCUGCUACACUUCUAGUCUGCUUCAGAACUUGGGCUCUGUAACGGUGCUUUGCUGUGUAGACAAACAAGGAAUACUGUCCUGGCCUAAUCCCAGUCCAGAAACAGUUCUGUUCUUCAGUGGACGUGUGGAGCCACCCCAUGAUAGCCUAGAGGACCUGAAAGAUGACUUAUCCCUGCGAUCAUUUUGUCACACAGAGAUGGAAGAAGAGAAGGAUGAGCCCAGGGAAGCUGAUGCCCUAUUGCCCAACACCGGCCUGGAAUUUGUGAACAUCACCAAUGAGGAUGGACAGGAGAAAGAGGAAAAGAUUGAAAGCACUCCACGUUCGAGGAAACGUAGUGACAAUCGACGAUGUAAGCAUUUGUCAGGGUCCAACGUCAGCUUCAGCAAAGACACAGAAGGAAGAGAGGAUGAUAUGACACAGAUGAGUGGUAUUGGUGAAGACCUGGACUUGGAAGCAGAAGAUUAUAUCUGUGAUUACCACCUGGAAAUGCUGAGUCUCUCACAAGACCAGCAGAACCCGGCCAGUAUUCAGUUUGAUGACUCGAACUGGCAACUCCACAUCUCUUCGCUGAAACCAUUGGGUCUCAACAUCCUCCUGAAUCUCUGUUAUUCCACUGUUACCGAGCAAGUAUGCCGCUUCUCUGAUCACUUGUCCAAUAUCGCCCUGCAAGAGACAUCAGGCACAGCCAUGCCAGUCCAUGUUCCUUGGGGGCUCUGUGAAUUGGCCAGGCUCAUAGGUUUUACUCCUGGUGCUAAAGAACUUUUCAAACAAGAGAAUCAUCUGACCAUGUAUCAGCUUCCAACAGCAGAGAUAGUCAAAGAACCAGUAACUCGGCGACUUUUGAAUGUAACCAAGAGGCGACCACCACUCAGUCACCUGAUUAGCCUUUUUGUGAGAGAUACAGUAACUGAUAGUGUACAGAUGUUAUCUCAUGGCACAGCUGAUGUCAUUCUGGAGGCCUGCACAGAUUUCUGGGAUGGUGCAGAUAUUUAUCCCCUCUCUGGAUCUGACAGGAAAAAAGUGCUAGAUUUCUACCAGCGAGCCUGUCUCUCGGGGUACUGUUCAGCUUUUGCUUACAAGCCGAUGCACUGCAACUUGUCCUCUGAGCUGAAUGGGAAAUGCAUCGAGUUGGUCCAGGUGCCAGGUCAGAAUACCAUCUUCACCUCUUAUGACUUACCAGGGACCACACCCAUUAAACACGGCAGCAGACGGAACAGCUGGAGCUCUGAUGAGGGAAUAGUGGAAGUUAUGGAGAAGGAAGACUGCAUACAAGCCUUGAGUGGACAGAUCUUCAUAGGAAUGGUCUCCUCCCAGUAUCAGGCUCGGCUGGACAUAGUCCGACUAAUAGAUGGCCUUGUGAAUGCAUGCAUCAGAUUUGUCUACUUCUCCCUGGAAGAUGAAUUAAAAAGCAAGGUAUUUGCAGAAAAGAUGGGUUUAGAAACAGGCUGGAAUUGUCAUAUUUCUCUGCUACCAUAUGGUGGAUGCUCUGGUUCCGAAAUCCCACAAUCAAGCCCAAGCCACGCUGGCUCCCUACAUGAUAACCUUCAGGAUUCGAAGGAUGAUGCAGAGGGAGCAUUACUAAUGGAAGAAGAGAGACACUCUGACCUCAUUAGCUUCCAGCCCACUGACAGUGAUGUGCCCAGCUUUCUGGAAGAUCAUAAUCGGGCUAAGCUGCCACGAGGAAUCCACCAAGUUCGACCACAUCUCCAAAACAUUGAUAAUGUGCCUUUACUGGUCCCUCUGUUUACAGACUGCACACAGGACACAAUGUGCGAGAUGAUGAAAAUCAUGCAAGAGUAUGGGGAGGUGAUUUGCUGCCUGGGAAGCUCUGCUAACUUUCGAAACAACUGCCUUUUCCUGCAGAGUGACAUUGGAGUUGCUAUGGAUCCACUCUACCCAUCCCGCUGUUCCUGGGAGACCUUUGGCUAUGCCACCAGUGCAAAUGUUUCAUUUGAUUCUGAGGAACUUUCCCCUCUGCAGUUAUCUGGCCUCUUGAACAGCCUGCCAUGCUCCAUUUUCUUUCACCAGGAAGAAAGCAUCAGCAUCAUCAAACUCAUCGAGCAGGCACGGCACACAACGUAUGGAAUCAGGAAAUGCUUUUUGUUCCUGUUGCAAUGUCAACUUACACUUGUCUUCAUUCAGUUUUUGGCCUGUCUGGUUCAGUUGCCUCCACCUCUCAGCACCACUGAUGUUCUCUGGCUAUCCUGCUUCUGCUACCCAUUGCUCAGUGCUUCUUUGUUGGGGAAACCGCCAGACAGUUCGGUGAUGACGGUGGCAACAGGAAAGAAUUUUCUAUCCAUUCCAAAAAAGACCCGGCAGCACUUCCUUGUGUGCUUUCUGAUCAAGUUCAGCCUCACUAUUUUUGCCUACCUCGUUUGCUUUGGAUUUAUGCUGCAGGAGUUUUGUAAUAAAUCUAUAUCUGUGAAUAUUACCAACUGUGUGUCAAUAAUGAACAGUUCUGCAGAGGGAGCACCAAUCUGGUUUGACAAGUAUUCUAAUGGAUUGUUGCUGGCUCAGAAGGUGAUGGCCUGUUUCAUAGUUCUACAUACAGUUUGCAUUUCCAUCAGCCAUGUUCAUCGGUCCAAAACACUGUGGAGAAAAAGUCCCUUCAGUAACUUAUGGUGGUGUCUCACUUUACCUGUAGUGUUGGUGAGCCAAAUUGUACUGGUGGUGGUGGAUUUAAAGCUGUGGAAAAAUGUGGAUACCCAAUUGAUCUUUGACCUGUAUGACAUCCCAUUGAUCUCUUGGCUCCUUGGCUUCCUAUCUGUCAUUCUAGUGGUGUUUAUCAAUGAAGUGGUCAAACUACAUGAAAUAAGGGUACGAGACCGUUACCAGAAGAGGCAAAAGCUGCAGUUUGAAACCAAGCUUGGAAUGAAUUCUCCAUUCUGACACUAGGAUAAUUGCUAAUGUGCUAAACUGUCAAUCGCAGAGGAGUGGUAGCUUCUGAGCCGACCUCAGGCAGAUCGGGUCAAGGAGCUGGCCCACAAACACCACGUUACUGCUGCAUGAAGACUUCAAAACUGCACUAGAACUUGACAACCUCUCAUCAGUUGAGGAGGUUUACCAGAUACCUCAAGACAAACACAGGGCACGGAGAUAGGUGUAUGGCGCUUCAGGAACUGGUACCUGGAAGUACACGUUCAUGCAAGUUAAAGUGGAAAAAGUCCUCUAUGUAAAGUCAGUCUCCAGUAAUUGGAGAAAACAUCAACACUGCAUCUCUUUCUCACUGUGCACAUCUGUCAGCCUGUGCCCAGAGGUGAGGAACUGACACUUCAGUAAAGCAAAAUACAUUGGUUGUGGCUUCACAAACAAAUUAUGUAGUUUUCCCACAAAAGGAUCUGUUUACCCACCUUUCCAGUUUUGGGGCCUUCAGGUAGCAUUCAGUAAUGUAAUGAUGCCCAGUAUAUUGGAGCCCUUAACCAUUAUGAGUGAAAUAGGAAGUAAGAGUUUUAUCACUGCCUCCCAGUUUUAAAUUCCAUCCAUCUCAUGGACUUGUGAGCUCCUGGUGCAGUAACCAGUAGGCAGCAGGGAACCCCUUUACACUCAACCAGGACUGCUUCUGCACUCUGUUGAGAGGUGCUUUAUGAUUUUAGAUCAGAGACUCCACCAGAAUCAGAAUUUGUUUUGUCAAGCCCAGUCAUGCUCGUCCAGAUGAAUAAAGUAAUGGGCAUUUGUUCUUAUUUUCUUGUAUAUGCAGUGCCAGGCUGAUCUUAUUUAAUUUGAGAGGACUUGUGCAUUGUACCCAUAUAACUCGAUAUUGGACCAGGUAAAGGGAUGGCUUAAAUGUUUUAAAUCAGUGAUUCAUUUGGUGCGAUUUUUUUUAGUGAAGGAAUUGAUAGCUCAUCUUGACUGGAUCAUGCCAAAAACAAAUCACUGCAGCUACUGGGAAUCAAAGUAAAAACAUAAUGCUGGAAAUACUCUAGCAGAAACUGAGGGGAGGUUUGUAUUUCAGGUUGAUGACUUUUCACUAGAGCUCAUAUCACUCCCAUUUCACAUGCAUAGUACAGAAGUUGAAAGGUAAAUAGUAGUAAUGGUCAGACAGUUGCUCUUGCAAAACCCAUUCAGAACAGAGCAAAAGAGUGAUGCAGUUUCUCAUCUUUGUAUUCAGCUGUUCCAGAUUUCUGCAAUUAUAGAGCCACAGAAUGUCAUGAUAUCAUACAAAGUGAGCUGCUUACUGAGUCUGUGUGGUGAGCUUAAAUCACAAUGUCACAGCAGCUCUGUCUCUGAACUGCACCACAAGUUUCAGGCAAAGUGGUACUCUGAAAAGUUAUUGCAAAGAGUAACUAUAAUAGAAGUGCAUUCAUCUUUUAGUUCAUUAAAUGAGUAGUUUAAGUUGCAGAUGAAGGAACUCAACCCCCCUUCCUGCUCCCCAGCCAAUGCUUGUCCUUUCCACCUCAGUAAAUUUAGUUUUCAAUGCACAUGUGCAAUUGAAGUUCACCUUGGAAAUUGUUACAUGGUCUUUUUAAGCUGUGCAAAUGAGGAGAAUGAUAUGUCUUCCUCUGGAGCAAAAAGUGAUUAUGAUCUCUGGGUUAAAUUGUACUCUGGAGUUUUGACUGAGCACUUAUAGUCAUGAACCACUUUUUUCUGCCAAUGCACUUCUUUGUCGGAUGUAUACAGUAUAACACCACCCCUGUGUGACCCUCUUUAAGUAUAAUUACUGAGAGAAAUCACUGUGGUUCUUCAGUGUCUCUGCUGUUGGGAAUUCUCAGCCCGUCCAGGUAUCCACCCUCUGAGCAUGGCCUAGCUCCUCAUUGUGAACAUGAUUUGGGUUGGAAUCGCUUGCCUUUUGUGGAUUUCCUCUAACAACUUUCCUCUUGACCACUGUCAGUCUCGUAACACAGUCCAUCCCUCCAUUACACCCCAAGAUUUCAAAUUGGAGACCCCAACUUAAAAGCCACCUGCUCCCAGAGAUUUAUCACAGUCCAGACUGAAGCAUCCCUCCUACUAGCUGGUGAUCGCAAUUGCCCAGAACCCAUCUACUGUCAUGCUGUCUGUAUUGGUGCAGUGUGGUAGGAAAAUAUCGUACCCUGGUGUAUGAUCAGUUCUACCCUAGUGCAUUGUCAUUUCAUUAGGACUCAGCACAUUGGGCUUUUGUUGCUACUGAAUUUUAAAACAAUGUGCCAUGCAUUGGUGGAUUGCUGUGUCUUUAAGGGCACAGGGGAGCCUCCAGUUUAGUUUCUUCAAAAUAAAUUGGCAUCUUGGUUAGCUCAUGUUGAAUUGCUAAUUAUUUGACCUUUUGUGUUGUAGGGAUAAUUGGCUUUGUGUGGUUCUUUGAUGUUGUUUAGUGCCCUUCAUCUCAUGAAAUAGCUGUGCACUGCUUUACAAUCAUAUUUGCAUUUUACCAUCACCAUUCCAGUUUGCGCAUGAUCCUAUUUGCAGCUGUUGAGUCUUUAAUAUUUUCCAGAGACAAGUCAACCCUUUCACUGAUGUAGUGCAGGAGUUGUUAUAUAUUCUAAUCGUUAAUGAAGAUUACUAAUCUUGAAACAAUUUUGCACAUACUCCUUCACCUAUGUGGCCUGUUACUCUGGUGCUAACGACUUGCUCACUUGGUUACAUGUAGCAUACAAAGUAGUACAAUGGCAUAAAUUGGCAUCAUCCAGCAUCUGAUUUGUGCGGUGCAUUACCCCCUAGAAGUUACAGUCACUAAACUCCAGUGAGUUUAGGGAGGUGGUCUGGUUUCCAGUGAGGCUUGGUGUGGGAAUCGGAACCAUUACCAGAUGGGAGAAUGAACAGACAGUGGAGUAAUUGUUUGAAUUGCGUAUUGCACAAUGGCUGUGAAAGUCCUUACACGAGGCUCUCAGAGAUUCCAAAUUAGUUCUCUUGCAACACUGUGAUUGUAGAAAAUUCUUUAUAUUUGGGAAUAUGCAACAGCUCUUUCCAAGAGCAUUGCCAUACUGGUAAAUGUAUACCUUACAUUUAAUAUUUCUCAGCUGGGAAGCCCAACAUUCUUUGAUUGUGAGACUAUUCCAUAUGUCAUUCCUGUGAGACUAUACAUUUCUUAUGUUAUUACUCGUUGUCACAUUCUUUUGUUGCCCUGUAACUGGUUGUCAGGCAAUGAGCAGCUUUUGAAGACACUCGGAUUACAGGUGUUUUGCAUUUAGAAAACAGCUGUGUGCAAGGGUCAAGGUCAGCAAGCAGCUGUUUGGCUGGAGCAAUUAAGGGCUUCAAAACAAAAUAAACAUGUAGCACAGCUUUCAGUUUCUACACCACAUUGUAUGCAGAAAGUGUGCUUAUGUGCCUGCAGGCCAGUUGCCCAACCACAAAUAUGUGACACAAGGAGACUCUUGAAUGAUGUUGCCUUUACUGAUUGAUGAAGUGUGCCCUGCAUGGAACAAAUCACAGGGAACUGCACACCAAAAUGACAUCUGACAGGAUAUGCAGGUAAAGUCCACUGCCCCGAGUUACCACCUGCUGCCCUAACAUAACUAAUCCGAUUCAGAAAGCUUAUCUUGCAGGAGUGAAACAUCCCAGAUUCUAGUGACCAGGCCUGAGAGGAGCCAAAACCUUCACCCUGCCCUUGAACUUUCACUGUCAGCUAGACUUUGCCCUGGGUCUUGCUGUGUUGUUAAAAUGAGUGUUUUAACUGAAGAGGAAAAAAACUUUAAAAUUAAACCAGCCAAAAGUCAUUGGUGAUUUAAAAUCAUAAAAUCUUGAAAAUCUCGUUAAUAAGAAAUGAAGCUGCCCUUCCCUUUCCUUUCCAGGACCCCUUCAGUCUCUAUUGAAGUGAAAUGCAAGCCUAGGAGCUCAGGAUGCCUAGUGUAAGUGCUGGGGAAUGCCAGCAGGACUGAGCUGACACAGUGGGCUCUCUGGAGAGUCCUGCAGCAGAGGUCUUGACAGGUAUGGUUUCUAUCUUGCCAAGCACCUUUUGGGUUUGUUUAAAAACCAUCUUAGAGCAGAAUCAUUAUCAGCAAAAUACAGACCAUCAUAGUAAUUUGGAAAUAAAGGGUUUAUCUUCUUACUAACCAAACCUUUGGAUUUAUUUUGACCCCAUCUUAAAGUCAGUAGAUUUCAUGCUGAAAGGACUCAGAGUUGGUGCUCUAACAGUUUAUUUAUUCACUGGGACAGUGGCAGCUACAUAAAUUGGCAAAAGAAAGAGUAAUUGCUUACAGCAUGCACUUGGACCUUUACCAAAGAAGCCUGUAGUUCCUAAAAGCAGGAAGAUUUUGCUCUAAUAUCUCUGCUUCAGAUGGUACCACUGAAAGGUUACUAGAUGCAUCGUGCCUUUGUAAAAAUUGUAAAGAAUUUGGAGUUUUGAGUUUGGCUUCUGACAACACAAGGGAUGUGAUGGAUUUUAGGGUUCAUGCUGAUAUCACUCUAACCCAAAAAGCAAACCUUUCAGUGCUUCUAACCCCACUGUGUGUAACCUGUCUUCUUCAUGUGCCUUGCGCGUUACAUGCUUGGGUGAUCAUGGCUCUCCACAUCCAACAAUGCCUCGCAGCGUCAAUGAUAUCUCUCACUCUUCGAUCUGUUAGUUCUUUCAGUGUCCAUAUAUUUUCUUCUUUGCCUUCCUCUACCGCAUUUGCCAGGCAUAUGGCCUUGUAAUGUAAGGCAUUCUAUUUCUCCCUUUCUGAUGACAUGGCCCAGGAAUUUAAGUUUCCUCUCAUUUAAUGUUCUCACUAAAGAUCUUUUUAUGUUGGCACGUUGGAGUACUGUCGCAUUAGUUACCCUAUCUCUAUAUGAUAUUUUCGGCAUUCUUCUAAGAAACCACAUUUCUGUUGCUUCUAAGUUUCUUUGGAGCUGUGGUGUUGUAGUCCAUGUUUUGGAAGCAAGAUUGACCAGAUGUAACAUUUUAGUAGCCUAAGCCUUGUCAUAGAAAUGUGUCUGUUGGUAAAAAUGGGUUUCAUUUUUUGGAAGUUGGUUUUGGCAAUGGCAAUUCUUUUUAUUUCUACUUCUAGCAGCAUCUUGUGAUAUAAAGCUACCAAGGUAAUUAAAGCUGGUCUUUUGUUCAAUAUCUUGGUUACCGAUGUACAAUUGGCUGUUGGGAGUAUCCUGCUGUUUUGAUAUUACCAUACAUUUGAUAUUUUUUUUAACAGUUGAUGGUUAGACCAAAAUCUGCACUUGUUUGUACUACUUUGUCUAGGAGGAUUUGUAGGUCUUCUGCAGCACUUGCUAUUUCGGGUGGUAUCGUCUGCAUAUCUUAUAUUGUUGAUGUUAACACCUCCAAUUUUUAUCCCAUCUAGGUCUUCUGUUUCUCUGAGAAUCAUUUCACUAUAGAUAUUAAAUAUUUCCGGUGAGGCAACACAUCUGUGUCUAACUCGUCUUUGAAUUUUAGUCCAACUGCUUAUAUUAUCAUCAAUUUUUACCACCGCCGCUUGAUUCCAAUAUAAAUUUUGAAGCAGUUGUUGGUCCCUUCCGUCAAUGUUUAGUUUAGCGAGAAUUUGAAAUAAUUUUUCAUGUUGCACUUUGUCAAAUGCUUUAGUGAAAUCAAUAGAGCAUAAAAAGACAUCAUUUUGAUAUUCAAUUGCCCUUUCUGAAAACAUUCAUAGUAUGAAGAUUGUCUUCGUAGUUCCUCUAUCCUCAAUAAAUCCAUAUUGCAGUUUAGAAGCUUCUGGCUUUAACUUGUUUUUAAUUCGACUCGGAACAAUUCUUAACAAACUCUUAAUUAUGUGACUCAUAAGACUGAUUGUUCUAUAAUUUUCGCAGUCAAUAGUUCCAGGAAUUUUUGGCAGAGUUAUCAAUACUGAUUUCAAGAGAUCGUCAGGCAAUACACCAACCUCGUAUAUGCCAUUAAACAGUUCAAAAAGAGUAUCUGUGCCCAGAUCUUCUCGGGCUUGUAUCAUUUCCACUAAAAUUCCAUGAGGUUCAGUGGCUUUACCAUGUUUCAUGCUUUUCAUUGCUUUAGUUAUUUCUUCUCUGGUAAUAGGUGGGCCAGAAUUAGGGUGUUUAAUAUCUGGGGGUUUCCCUCUAUUAUCUUCAAAAAGCUGCUCUAUGUACUGAAUCCACCUCUCACAUACUUUAUCUGGGUCUGUUAGUAUGGAUCCAUCUGCUGAUCUUGUGCAUCCUGUAGAGGAGGUUUUCUUAAUUCCAGUAAUUUCCUUAAUUUUCUUGUGCAUUUCUUUGCUGUUGUUAAUAUGGCCUUCUACUUCAUUGCAUUUUUGAUUCAGCCAUUCUUCCUUUGCAAUAGUGCACAAUUGUCUGGUCUGUCUGUCUAGCUGUCUGUAUUGCAUUUCAUUACUCUUCACUAACCACCUUUGUUCCAUCAGAUCUAGAAUUUCUUGUGUUAUCCACAGUAUAUAUUGGUGUGUUGGAUUUCUUGUACUGAAAUUAUCUCCUCUGCUGAUUGCUAUAUAGCAUAUCUAAAUCUGUCCCAAAUAGGUGUUGUUUCAUUUUCCUUGAAGUGUUCUUCUAGGAAGCUGUUUUCAAUUGUUUUUUAAGUAUGCUAUUAUUUUUAAGUUCUCCCAACAUAUACUUCUUUCUCUUCCUUCCACAUUUCAGUUUCUUUAAUUUUGUUUUAAUGGUAGCUAUGGUGAUCUGAACCACAGUCUGCUCCUGGGUAGGCUUUAGAAUUUGUGAUAUUAUUUCUAAAGCGCUCAUUGAUGAUAAUGAAAUCUGUUUGAUUCCUUGUUCUGUCUCCAGGGCUAAUCCAAGUACACAAUCUACGUGAAUGGUUUUUAUACCAAGUAUUGGUGAUCACUUGGUUGUUUCUGACACACCAAUUAGUAAACCUUCCUCCAUUUUAACUUUUCUCCCCCAAACCAAAAGGUCCUAUGAUGUUAUAGAAACAUAGAAAAUAGGUGCAGGAGUAGGCCAUUCGGCUCUUCGAGCCUGCACCGCCAUUUAUUAUGAUCAUGUCUGAUCAUCCAACUCAGAACCCUGCACCAGCCUUCCCUCAAUACCCCCUGAUCCCUGUAGCCACAAGGGCCAUAUCUAACUCCCUCUUAAAUAUAGCCAAUGAACCGGCCUCAACUGUUUCCUGUGGCAGAGAAUUCUAGAGAUUCACCACUCUCUGUGUGAAGAAGUUUUUCCUAAUCUCAGUCCUAAAAGGCUCUCCCUUUAUCCUCAAACUGUGACCCCUCGUUCUGGACUUCCCCAACAUCGGGAACAAUCUUCCUGCAUCUAGCCUGUCCAAUCCCUUUAGGAUUUUAUACAUUUCAAUCAGAUCCCCCCUCAAUCUUCUAAAUUCCAAUGAGUACAAGCCUAGUUCAUCCAGUCUUUCUUCAUAUGAAAGUCCUGCCAUCCCAGGAAUCUAUCUGGUGAACCUUUUUUGUACUCUCUAUGGCAAGGAUGUCUUUCCUCAGAUUAGGGGACCAAAACUGCACACAAUACUCCAGGUGUGGUCUCACCAAGGCCUUAUACAACUGCAGUAGUACCUCCCUGCUCCUGUACUCGAAUCCUCUCGCUAUAAAUGCCAGCAUACCAUUCGCCUUUUUCACCGCCUGCUGUACCUGCAUGCCCACUUUCAAUGACUGGUGUAUAAUGACACCCAGGUCUCGUUGCACCUCCCCUUUUCCUAAUCGGCCACCAUUCAGAUAAUAAUCUGAAUUUUUGCCACCAAAGUGGAUAACUUCACAUUUAUCCACAUUAAAUUGCAUCUGCCAUGAAUUUGCCCACUCACCCAACCUAUCCAAGUCACCCUGCAUCCUGUUAGCAUCCUCCUCACAGCUAACACUGCCGCCCAGCUUCGUGUCAUCCGCAAACUUGGAGAUGCUGCAUUUAAUUCCCACAUCCAAGUCAUUAAUAUAUAUUGUAAACAACUGGGGUCCCAGCACUGAGCCUUGCAGUACCCCACUAGUCACUGCCUGCCAUUCUGAAAAGGUCCCGUUUAUUCCCACUCUUUGCUUCCUGUCUGCUAACCAAUUCUCUAUCCACAUCAAUACCUUAGCCCCAAUACCGUGUGCUUUAAGUUUGCACACUAAUCUCCUGUGUGGGACCUUGUCAAAAGCCUUUUGAAAAUCCAAAUAUACCACAUCCACUGCUUCUCCCCUAUCCACUCUACUAGUUACAUCCUCAAAAAAUUCUAUGAGAUUCGUCAGACAUGAUUUUCCUUUCACAAAUCCAUCAACCCUUAACAACCCUUUCCUGUCCAACUUUGGAGUUAAAAUCUCCCAUGACUAGUUUUAUAUCCUGAGAUUUACAUUGCUCAUAAGCACUGUAGAGAUCUUCAUAAAACUUGUUGAUAUCUUCAUCCGUAUCAUUUGUUGGCGCAUAGGCUUGGAUUAUGCUAAUGUUAAAGGGGUUAUCCCUUAAUUUAACUAAAAGCAGCCAGUCGGAUAUCGCCCAAUAUCCCGUAAGACAUUUUGAUACUUGUUUGUUUAAAGUAAUUCCAACUCCAUACAUCUGGAGGUCAACAGCAUAAUACAUUAUCAGAGAACUAUUCUUAGUGAAUUUGCCACUGUUAGUUCAUCUAAUUUCUGACAGGCAGGCCUAAGAUAUCAACUUCCAACCUUUUCAUUUCAUUUAAUGUGUUGUCCAACUUUCCUUUCUGAUAAAGUGUACGGAUGUUCCAUGUUGCUACCCCUUAGCCUUUCCCUAUUGCUUACAGUCUCUGGAUGACAGUCUGGUGUCACCUGCAGCACAUGACUAUCCCUACUGAGUGAGGUGUUGUUCCGUUGAUUAGAAUCAACCCCAUUCACGCUGUUGUCUGGUUUCCUUCUUUUGUUUCUUUCCAUGAUUGACUAGGCAGAAAUUUCAACAGUGGUUUGCCGUUGCCUCCUGUUGCCCCAGUGGUCACCUAACUAGAGCAUUUGACCUCUACUGGUGUUCCCAAUUGGGAACCAUACACUAGACGUCGCCCAACCUUUGCUGUUGUUGUACAAAGACAAUCCUCCACCAAAGCUUGGAAUCCAUCUCUCUGCUGCCGAAGACUUCAGUGAUUUUAGGUGACACCACCACCUUUAGUCUGGUUAUUUUCCUGGCGCCAAACACUCGCCAUAGACAGAGCUCCUUCAGCGAGGCAGGUUGCACCCGGACCUAAGUCCUACAUGAUGGUGGAGUUGUCUUGGGUGGUAGAAGCUAUAUAGUCACUAUUAGCAUUUCCUAACAUUUAGUCAGGACCCAACCACCCCAUACACCCCAACCUGUAGAGGGUGGCAAAACCACCUUGCAGGAAAGUUCUACAGCUUGUAGCUGCUUCAGUGGUGCAGUUCCCAGACCAUUAGGAUGUGCAAGCAUUCACUUACCCCUCUGUGAGGGGGCAGUGAUGGAGAAAGGAGGGAGCUGAUGCUAGAAAACAAGGGCUUGUCUACUGGGAAGAAAGUGAGUCAGUGUCAUUGGUCACUCACUCGAGGUUGUGGUAGAGACUUCUAUUCAACCUGUAGUUGGUCAAUUACUCAGCAGCAGCCUGACUCCAGGUUGGGCAUGUCCUUAAUCCAGUUAAAGUGCAUCAGAGGUUUCUUACAGCUCUAUUCACCAGAACCUUGUCCUAUGUUGCCCCACUGUAAAGUUGCAUUUCAUGACAAAGCUGAGGCAAACUCCUGAUGUGCAGCUGAGGAAGAGCUCUAUUUUCAUCCAACCAUCCCACAAGGUUGGUAUUGCAAUGUGCUCUGUUCCAAACUGAAUAGCUGAGAAGAAAUGGAACUAGGCCAUUUGGCCCCUCGUACCUGUGCAAUCAUUCCAUAAGAUAAUGGCUACCACUCUCCUGCACACCCUUGUUCUUGUAGUCUUGUGAAGUGCCAACAGUAAUCUCCAAGUGCUUUUCCAUGGAGAUAAUUCAGAUCCCUGGUUACAGUGAAGAGCAAAAUAAGGCAAUAUUACUGCUUAUGCCUUGUUACUUUGAAGCCUGUGCAUUUCUUUAGAGGUCUGGCCUCUGAUUACAGAAGCAGGCUGGGAAAUAGUUUGAAAGUUUGUCAUUUUAAAAGAAUUUUUUUUGCCUUAGUUAAGUCUUAAACCAGUUCCCCUGUUUAAAGCUUAAAUAUUUACUGCUGUUCCAUGUGCUGAAAUGCAGAGUCAUAAAUUUAAAAUUGUCAGCAGCUGAUGGACCUCUGACUUGAUCCUGGUGUUUCUUUCAGUGAAGCUGUGGUGAACAGUGUAUGAGUUAAUGAUUCUCAUUUUUCAGGUUAUCACAAAUGUUAAUUCAGUUCCUCACUGCUUCCCGCUGCCCUAUCAUGCGUACGUAAUGAUCUGUUUUGAAUGACUGUGGCUGCAUUUAACUGCAUAAUGUUGAUCACUCAGACAUGGUGAUCCAGAGUUCUUAGGCUGAAAGCGGCAUUGUUAAAACUUCCAGUGAUCUGAUUAGUGACCACCAUUAGAUCUGAAUGAGGCAAAGUGCAGUAAAUAUUGGUGCAAUAGUAAUCUGUCCAUUAGUUUGUAAAUACUGUAUUAGAUUAGAUUAGAUUCAACUUUACUGUCGUUGUGCCGAGUCCAGAUAUAAAGCCAAUGAAAUGCAGUUAGCAUCUGACCAGAAAUGCAAAGAAUCGUGUUAUUUACGAAAUAACUGCGAAUAAAAAGUAAGUGCUACAGCACACAAAUAUAAAAGUACUGAGACAGUACAAUAUGGGUGCAAUACUGCUUAGCGCUGUGAUGUGAGGUUCAGCAGGGUCACAGCCUCAGGGAAGAAGCUCUUCCUGUGCCUGCUGGUGCAGGAGCGGAGGCUCCUGUAGCACCUACCGGAUGGGAGGAGGGUAAAGAAGUCCAUGGUUAGGGUGAGAUGCAUCCUUGAUAAUGCUUUUUGCCCUGCCCAGGCAGCGUUUAUAGUAGAUGUUCUCCAUGGUGGGCAAUUGGGUGCUGAUAAUCUGCUGGGCAGUUUUCACCACACGCUGGAGUGCUUUGUGGUCCGAUACGGGACAAUUGCCGUACCACACUGAGAUGCAGUUGGUGAGUAUGCUCUCAAUGGUACAGUGGUAAAAGUCCGUCAGUAUCCUGGGACAGAGGUGAGCUUUCUUGAUGCUCUGCAGGAAAUAAAGGCGCUGUUGCACCUUUUUGAUCAGGAUGGAGGAGUUCAGGGACCAGGUGAGAUCCUCGGAAAUGUGAACACCAAGUAUGCUUGUGAAUGCAUAAUUUUUAAACUUAUUUUAAAGUACAUUGGGAUGAGUUGAUAAGAUUUUUACAUUUUUACAUUUACAUUGAAUAAUGGCAUCUGGUUCGAUUUGUAGCAAGGACUGUCCAUCAGUAACUCUGAUCUGAAAGCUACAGUAAAAUAAAACUCUGCUCAUCCAUCCUCUGUUAGGAAAUUGUGAUGUUUUAGCAGCCUGGGCCUCUGUUUCCCCUGCUCCCUUUGAAUUCAUCACAGCCCUGUAGCCGUGUACUCCUUUAAGUUUGCUAUAUUCACAAGAAAUUAAAUUGCUGUGAAAUAUCUUAACGAAGCAAUUGAAAUAGUGUUGUAUUAAUAGUAACAACCAGUGGUCUGGGAAAUCUGUUAAUUCAGCAUCUUUGCCAUUUUGGUGGUGCCAGAGUUUUACUCUAUAACCAGGUUUGUCGUGAAGAUGAGGGAUUUAAGCCUAUGUGGGACGGAAAUGAGGAGAAACUGCUUUUCCCCAGAGAAUAGUGAAUCUGAAAAUUCUCUUCCCAGGGAAGAAGUAAAGGCUACCUCAUUAAAUAUAUUUGACACCAUUAGAUUUUUUUUUUUGCAUAGCAGGGGAAUUGAGGGUUGUGGGGAAAAAGCAGGUAAAUUAAUCUGAGUCCAUAGCCUGUCCAUUUGGCACGAUGCUAUUACAGUUUGGGACAUCAAAGUUCGCAAUUCAGUUCCUACAUUUUCUGUAAGGAGUUUGUAAUCCUCCCCGUGAGUGCAUGGAUUUCCUCUGGGUGCUCCAGUUUCCUUCCACAUUCCAAAGAUGUAUGCUGAUUAAUCAUUGUAAAUUGUCCUGUGAUUAGGCUAGGGUUAAAUAGCUGGGUUGCUGGGUGGUAUGGCUUGUUGGGCCAGAAGGGCCUGUUCGGCAAACAGUGAUGAGGUAGGCUUGACAGGCCAAAUGGCCCACUCCUGCUCCUAUUUCUUGUAUUCUUAUGUAAUGCCACUUUGCAUAUUUGAUCUGCCCUUCCAACAAAAAUCUGUGCACUUUCACUACUCCCCCUUUUAUAAAUCCUAGAGGGCCAAACUCAUAACCACUUAUUUUUGUGACUCAAAGUUGAAGCUUUAAACUGCCUUCCUGAUGUAAUUAAGAUGAACUUUCCUUUUCAGUACUGUAUUGCUUUGUUAAGAAAGGUAGUCUAUAAUCUCCCAUUAUUUUCCUUCCUAGAUUUCCAAAGUAAAUCUUUGUAUUGCCAAUCAGCAUGCUGCCAUAUUAAAUCCAAUAGCUUUGGGAUUUGUGGCCCACAUUAAGUUACACUUGCACAUGUGGUUGAAAUUGUCAGUCUUAUUGUAAUGGGGGCUUGUUGGUAAUGACUGGUGGCCGAGAGCCUUUAAUGCCACAGACGAUUAUGUUUCGGUGGCAUUUUAUAAAUGAUGUACAUUGUGUAAAUGUUAGAGAUAUUUAAUAAUGUUGCACUGUUUUAAUUUUUACAAUGGAAACUUGUAACUUGUAAAGCAAAUUACAAUGAGAAUAAAUAGUGUUUUGUAGUGUUUUGGUCUCCUGCUGACUAAUACAUCUUGAUGUGA